CCCAUAAAAGGGACACCAACCACUCUCUUUCCCACGAACUCCUCUCUCCCUCCCUCAGUCCUUCCUCCUCUCGUCUACUCACUCCCCUCAACUGCCAAUUCCCCUCUCUCUCCUCUGCUUCUUCUUCUUCUUGAGCUGAUCCAUUCCAUUUCCCGAGCUGCUCACCAACUCCUUCUAGAGGCCGACGCGGCCGGCGCCAUUGAUUGCCCAUGCACUGACACGACCACAGAUGCCUCCUUAACUCCUCCACUCCCCCACGUACUGCGCGGGAACCGAUGCGCCCAUGCACUCCACGUAGCUAGCUAAGACGCGCCGGAGUGGUGGCGCCGGCGAUGAUGGCGCGGCGGCGAUUCUUCCCGGCGUGGGUGGUGGUAGUAAUGGUGGUGGUGGUGGUUCUUGGUUCUUGCUCGGCGGCGGCGGCGGCGGGGGAUGGUGAUGCGCUGAUGGAUGUGAAGAAUGCGUUCGUGGAGGAUCCCGGCGGCGUUCUGGCGGGAUGGGGCGGCGGUGGCGGAAACUCGUCGGCGUUCUGUUCUUGGGCGGGGGUGGAGUGCGACGCGGCGGGGGCGAGGGUGACCGGGCUGAACCUGUCCGGCGCCGGGCUGGCCGGGGAGGUCCCCGGCGCGGCGCUGGCGCGGCUGGACCGGCUGGAGGUGGUCGACCUGUCUUCGAACAGGCUCGCCGGCCCGGUGCCGGCGGCGCUCGGGGCGCUCGGGAGGCUCACGGCGCUGCUGCUCUACUCCAACCGCCUCGCCGGCGAGCUCCCGCCGUCGCUGGGCGCGCUCGCCGCGCUCCGGGUGCUCCGCGUCGGCGACAACCCGGCGCUGUCGGGCCCCAUCCCCGCCGCGCUCGGCGUGCUCGCCAACCUCACCGUGCUCGCCGCCGCGUCGUGCAACCUCACCGGCGCCAUCCCGAGGAGCCUCGGGAGGCUCGCGGCGCUCACGGCGCUGAACCUGCAGGAGAACUCCCUGUCCGGGCCGAUACCGCCGGAGCUCGGCGGCAUCGCCGGGCUCGAGGUGCUCUCGCUCGCCGACAACCAGCUCACCGGCGUGAUCCCGCCGGAGCUCGGGAGGCUCGCCGCGCUCCAGAAGCUGAACCUGGCGAACAACACGCUGGAGGGCGCCGUGCCGCCGGAGCUCGGGAAGCUCGGCGAGCUCGCGUACCUCAACCUCAUGAACAACCGCCUCUCCGGGCGAGUCCCGCGCGAGCUCGCCGCGCUCUCCCGCGCGCGCACCAUCGACCUGUCCGGCAACCUGCUCACCGGCGAACUCCCCGCCGAGGUCGGCCAGCUGCCGGAGCUCAGCUUCCUCGCGCUCUCCGGCAACCACCUUACCGGCCGCAUCCCUGGCGACCUGUGCGGCGGCGGCGGCGGUGGAGCAGAGUCCACGAGCCUCGAGCACCUAAUGCUCUCGACGAACAACUUCUCCGGCGAGAUACCGGGGGGGCUCUCGCGGUGCCGGGCGCUGACGCAGCUCGACCUGGCGAACAACAGCCUCACCGGCGUGAUCCCGGCGGCGCUCGGCGAGCUCGGCAACCUGACGGACCUGCUGCUCAACAACAACACCCUCUCCGGCGAGCUCCCGCCGGAGCUCUUCAACCUCACCGAGCUCAAGGUCCUCGCAUUGUAUCACAAUGGGCUCACCGGCCGGCUGCCGGACGCCGUCGGCCGCCUCGUGAACCUCGAGGUGCUCUUCCUGUACGAGAACGACUUCUCCGGCGAGAUACCGGAGACGAUCGGGGAGUGCUCGAGCUUGCAGAUGGUUGAUUUCUUCGGGAACCGGUUCAACGGCAGCUUGCCGGCGUCCAUCGGGAAGCUCUCCGAGCUGGCGUUCCUCCAUCUCCGGCAGAACGAGCUGUCCGGCCGGAUCCCGCCGGAGCUCGGCGACUGCGUGAACCUCGCCGUCCUCGACCUAGCCGACAACGCGCUCUCCGGCGAGAUCCCGGCGACGUUCGGGAGGCUCCGGUCGCUGGAGCAGCUCAUGCUGUACAACAACUCGCUCGCCGGCGACGUCCCCGACGGCAUGUUCGAGUGCCGGAACAUCACCCGCGUCAACAUCGCGCACAACCGGCUCGCCGGCGGCCUCCUGCCGCUCUGCGGCUCGGCGAGGCUCCUGUCGUUCGACGCCACCAACAACUCCUUCUCCGGCGGCAUCCCGGCGCAGCUCGGCCGGUCGCGGUCGCUCCAGCGCGUCCGCUUCGGGAGCAACGCGCUGUCCGGCCCGAUCCCGGCGGCGCUCGGCAACGCCGCCGCGCUGACGAUGCUCGACGCGUCGGGGAACGCGCUCACCGGCGGCAUCCCGGACGCGCUCGCGCGGUGCGCGCGGCUCAGCCACAUCGCCCUCAGCGGCAACCGGCUGUCCGGCCCCGUGCCGGCGUGGGUCGGCGCGCUGCCGGAGCUCGGCGAGCUGGCGCUCUCCGGCAACGAGCUCACCGGGCCGGUGCCCGUCCAGCUCAGCAACUGCUCCAAGCUCAUCAAGCUCUCGCUCGACGGCAACCAGAUCAAUGGAACAGUGCCAUCGGAGAUCGGCAGCUUGGUCUCGCUCAACGUGCUCAACCUGGCCGGCAACCAGCUCUCCGGCGAGAUUCCGGCUACCCUCGCGAAGCUGAUCAACCUGUACGAGCUGAACCUGUCGCGGAAUCUCUUGUCCGGCCCGAUCCCUCCCGACAUUGGCCAGCUGCAAGAGCUGCAGAGCUUGCUGGAUUUGAGCAGCAACGAUCUCAGCGGCAGCAUCCCGGCGUCGCUCGGGUCGCUCUCCAAGCUGGAGAGCUUGAAUCUCUCCCACAACGCGCUCGCCGGAGCUGUGCCGCCGCAGCUCGCCGGGAUGAGCAGCUUGGUGCAGCUGGAUUUGUCCAGCAACCAGCUGCAGGGGAGGCUGGGGAGCGAGUUCUCGCGGUGGCCGCGUGGCGCGUUCGCCGGCAACGCGCGGCUCUGCGGCCACCCGCUGGUGAGCUGCGGCGUCGGCGGCGGCGGCCGGUCGGCGCUGCGGUCGGCGACGAUCGCGCUGGUGUCGGCGGCGGUGACGCUGUCGGUGGUGCUGCUGGUGAUCGUGCUCGUGCUGAUCGCGGUGCGGCGGCGGCGGUCCGGGGAGGUGAACUGCACGGCGUUCUCGUCGAGCCUCGGCGGUGGCGGCAACAACACGAACGGGCGGCAGCUGGUGGUGAAGGGGUCGGCGCGGCGGGAGUUCCGGUGGGAGGCGAUCAUGGAGGCGACGGCGAACCUGAGCGACCAGUUCGCCAUCGGCUCCGGCGGGUCCGGGACGGUGUACCGGGCCGAGCUCCCCACCGGCGAGACGGUGGCCGUGAAGCGGAUCGCGCACAUGGACAGCGACAUGCUCCUCCACGACAAGAGCUUCGCGAGGGAGGUCAAGAUCCUCGGCCGCGUCCGCCACCGCCACCUCGUCAAGCUCCUCGGCUUCGUCGCCAGCCACGACGUCGGCGGCGGCGGCGGCGGCGGCGGCAGCAUGCUCGUCUACGAGUACAUGGAGAACGGCAGCCUGUACGACUGGCUACACGGCAUCGCCGCCGGUGGCGGCGGCGGCGGCGACGGCGAGCGCAAGAAGCGCGUGCUGAGCUGGGACGCGCGGCUGAAGGUCGCCGCCGGGCUGGCGCAGGGCGUCGAGUACCUCCACCACGACUGCGUCCCCCGCGUCGUCCACCGCGACAUUAAGUCCAGCAACGUCCUCCUCGACGGCGACAUGGAGGCGCACCUCGGCGACUUCGGCCUCGCCAAGUCCGUCGCCGACAACCGCAAGGACUUCACCGACUCCGCCUCCUGCUUCGCCGGCUCCUACGGCUACAUGGCCCCAGAGUGCGGAUACAGCUUGAAGACGACGGAGAAGAGCGACGUGUACAGCAUGGGGAUCGUGAUGAUGGAGCUGGUGACCGGGCUGACGCCGACGGACAAGGCGUUCGGCGGCGACGUGGACAUGGUGCGGUGGGUGCAGUCGAGGGUGGAGGCGCCGUCGCCGGGGCGGGAGCAGGUGUUCGACCCGGCGCUGAAGCCGCUGGCGCCGCGGGAGGAGUCGUCGAUGACGGAGGUGCUGGAGGUGGCGCUCCGGUGCACGAGGACGGCGCCGGGGGAGAGGCCCACGGCGAGGCAGGUGUCCGACCUGCUGCUCCACGUCUCGCUCGAUUACUAUCGAGCCGGCGAGCACAAGCGCUAGGCUACGAGGACGAUUUCCAAACGCUGGAAACUUGUCCUCCUGAGCAUUUUCUUUUCUUUUUUCUUUCUCUGAUUCUUGUUUCUGGUGGCUAAUUAGAUCAUCUUUGUUGGGUGAAAGAGGUAACAAAAAAUUGUGCAUUUUUAGGGGGGGUGUGUGGUUGAGAAAAUCAAAUCAAGCAAAGAAUCCUCUUCAAUUGGAUUGUUUUUAACUGUUCCAAGUGUAAACUGUGUAUGGAGAUUGAUUUCAGAAGCAUCUGAUGAAUUCUGAACAUUGUUUCAUCUCA